AUGAAUCGAAACACCUUGGUUCCAAUUCAACUUGUUGAUGCAAUUCCCUUCGAGCAAAUCAGUCUUGAGGAUAGGAAGAAGUUGAUACAACAACAACUCAUAAUUCUUCUGCAUGCCAACAAAUGCGCCAUCCGGAAUACUGUAAGUUUAGAAUACAUGUAUAUUUCUGAAUCGUUUGCGACAAAAAAUGGAAACUUUUUGAAUGUGUCUGUCAGAAUUAUCAUUAUUUAUUUAAGUAGCAGAUUUCUUUCAUAUGCGUUACAAAACAUUUGAAAAAUCGACUUUUUGAAACCGCCACGGCCCAAUAUCCACGUGAACUUUAAUAGAACAAUUUAUCGUUAAGUAGUUCACGUUAGAAAGUUUUGAAAUGUCACGGUACCGUCGCAAAAUUGUCAAUAGAAGAUAUUGUUUUUAAAAAUGUUGAUUCAGAAGAACAAGAAAGCGACGGAGCAAACGCGUUGUCAAGAGUGCACAUUGCCCCAUUGCUCCAUGAUGAAAGUCCUUAUCGGUCAUUUGCAAACUUGCAAUAACGUUGACUGCGACGGUUUGUUUUCUAACCGUAUUUCAAAAUUCACCUUGUAAAAUGUACUACGAAUGAGAAUUUACAAAGAUUGGAAAUGUGCUACUGUACUAGAAGUGAUCUCACAAACUAUUUUUAAACAUGAACGUUUCACAAACUGAUUCCAGUGGCACACUGCAGUUCUUCUCGCAAGAUUAUCGAACACUGGCUUGUCUGCUCACCCAACGCGCAUUGCCCGGUUUGCUCCCAGAUUCGGGACGCACAGAACGGUCGGCUGCCACGAGGUACGGCAUCUGCUAUCUUCCGACUUUCAAAUUGUGUACAAUUUCAGACAUGUGCAACGACGGACUUGAUGAUCGAAGACCACCUCCGUAA